UCCCUCUCGCUCCCUCCGUGGCUCCUCCAUCUUGUUGUUGUUUGUAUGCACCAACACAAAACCAAUUGGUAUAGGAUUAGAGCAGCAGCUUCAGCAAAAGUAAAGGCGGUGUGUUGUGAUCUCAGAAAUGGAGUGUUUUCUCUCUCUUCAUCCUUCUUCCUUCAUUACCAUCCCUUCUAACUCCAAAUUCAAACACCAUUGUUUCUCCAAUCCCAAGCUCCUUCGUAUUACUUGCUCUUCAUCAUCAUCAUCUUCUUCUUCUUCUUCUUCUUCAGACUCCUUUGACUCGCUACCUGUCGGCGACAACUCUUCCGGCAACUUUUGCAUCAUAGAGGGACCCGAGACGAUCCAGAACUUUGUACAAAUGCAGUCACAAGAGAUUCAAGAUAAUAUACGGAGUAGGCGUAAUAAGAUAUUUCUUCUGAUGGAGGAGGUAAGGAGACUACGGAUACAACAACGUCUCAAGGGGAUGAAGGCUACUCACGAGGGUAAUAUAGAUGAGGCAAAUGAAAUGCCUGAGAUUCCUUCAUCUAUUCCCUUCCUUCCUCAUGUGACUCCAAAAUCAUUGAAGAAACUGUACUUGACGAGCUUUUCAUUUAUAGCAGGGAUCAUUGUCUUUGGAGGCCUUAUUGCUCCAUCUCUGGAAUUAAAAUUAGGUAUAGGGGGCACAUCUUAUGAAGACUUCGUUCGCAGCUUGCAUUUACCACUUCAACUGAGUCAAGUCGAUCCCAUAGUGGCAUCUUUUGCUGGUGGGGCUGUUGGAGUUAUUUCAGCUUUGAUGUUGAUUGAAGUCAACAAUGUGGAACAACAAGAGAAGAAAAGAUGCAAAUAUUGCCGUGGAUCCGGGUAUCUGGCCUGUGCUCGAUGUUCUUCUAGUGGUUUGUGCUUAAGGACAGAACCAAUUUCGAUAAACGGUGAUUACAAUCGCCCCUUGCGAGUGCCAACUACACAAAGGUGUUCAAAUUGUUCAGGUGUAGGAAAGGUAAUGUGUCCUACUUGCCUUUGUACUGGGAUGAUAAUGGCAAGUGAACAUGAUCUACGAAUAGAACCAUUCGAAUAAGAUGGGACAUUAACGCAGGUGUUUAGGACUAUCCGAUUGGUGUUCUUUUUAUGAGCACUUGUAAAUUUAUAAAAGUGCUUUAAUAACCCAAAAGCAAUCCCGGAAGUAGAGGGUGAUACCAGUGUGUAAGAUUUGGUUGUAUGACACCAAUUUUUUUUUUUCUUUUUGAUCUAUCAAACGACUGGUUGUAACAAAGCAUGUUCACACAGUUACUUAAAAAGAAAUUUUGAUACAGCAGCUGAAUAAACACUCUUUCUCAAUUCAGGCUGCACUGACAUUUCUCAACA